GCUCGGCGUCAGUUCUGCGCGCGCUGCGCGGUCACCUCUCCGGUUUAUUGUCUCUGCUUAGUAUUUUAUUUGAUUUUUAUGUAUUCUUUAAGUUAAUUAAUAUGGAGUGAUGGUAAUUUAAACACUGCACGAUGAUAAUGGCGUGCGCGCGACUGCCUUCGGUAAUUUCCAGUAACCUUCGACUCACUAUUUGGAACAGAGAUUUAAUUCCGCGCACUUUAUUUAGCGUGAAAUCCAAUAGCGGAUUUUCUGAUUUGUUUAUUUGUUAUUAACUUUAUAAAUUUAAUUUUAAAAAAUAAAUAAAUAAAAGUGAUGUCUGGUGAGAAGCCGAACUUCCGCGCGCAGCCGGCGGUGAAGAGCAUCUUCGUGUACCGGAACGGGGACGCGCACUCGGAGGCGCGGCGCGUGCUCAUACACGAGAAGCGCGUGUGCGACUUCGAGACGCUGCUGCGCGAGGUGACCGGGCGCGUGCGCGCUCCGUUCGGCGCCGUGCGCUGCAUCUACACGCCCAGAGCCGGACACCGCGUGCACGCGCUCGAGCAAGUGCGCCACGGCGAGCAGUACGUAGCGGCGGGGAAGGAGACGUUCAAGAAGUUAGACUAUAUGCAGAUCGGAAGCAGGAAGAAACGGAUGCUCCAGAACAACGGACUGGUGAAAGCUGCACCACAGAACCGGAUUAUCGUCUCGGCCCGAUUCCUGAAGCCCAUCAAAGAGCCGUGUGCAAUAUUUGUUGUUGCUAACGGAGACGUGCUGAAUCCAGCUGUGAGGUUUCUGGUUCCUAACCGCCUGCUUGGUCAGUUUGAACGAAUCCUGGAGAUGAUCACAGAGAAAAUGGGGCUGAGGAUUCUAGGAGGAGUGCGCAGUCUGUGUUCGUUCGAGGGAGUUCCUGUAACAGACGGGAAAGAGCUGGAAAACGGGCAGUUUUACGUGGCAGUCGGCAGAGACAAAUUCAAAUGUCUGCCUUACGCUGAUUUGCUGUUCACCAAACCUGUGGGCAUGAGGAGGAUCGCCAGAUCAAAAGCAGCCUCUCUUCCACCUAUUUACAAAUACACAAGACAAAACGAGGAUGCAGUUAAUGGUAUGAGCAAAUCGAAUCACAGCGACGAAGUGAAGAUCACUGAGCCAGCGGCGUCUCUGGUGCGACAGAUUUCCCAGGCGAGACUCAUGGCCAUAAGGAAGAAACGGAGCAGCCUGACCAAAUCAUACAGCACCCAGGAUAACGAUGACGCAGAUCCUAAACCCGAAGGCAAGGACGUGGAGAGCGAAGAAAAGCCUGCGGAAGAAGAGAAUUCAUCAGCUGAGCAGGUGUACGGCAGUGAGGACAUAGCAGCUGGAGAGGAAGAGGCAGCAGCACAAGAGGAAGAGGCAGCAGUAGAGGAAGAGGCAGCACAAGAGAAAGAGGCAACAGAAGAGGAAGCGGCAGCAGCACAGGAGGAAGAAGCAGCAGCACAAGAGGAAGAGGCAGCAGAAGAAGAAGCAGCAGCACAAGAGGAAGAGGCAGCAGAAGAAGAAGAAUCAGCAGGGUCAGAGGAAGAGGCAGCAGCAAAAAAGGAAGAGGCAGCGGCGGAGGAAGAGGCAGAAGCAGCAGAGGACGAGGCAGCAGUGGAGGAGGAAGCAGCAGUGGAAAGAGAGGCAGAAGCAGAGUUAGAUGCGGCAGUGGAAAACGAGGGAGCAGGAGAGAAUGAGGCAGCAGGAGAACCCGAGGAACCCGCAGGAGAAACGGGAAACGGGGAGGGGGCGGGAGACGACACGGCAGCAGGAGGAGGAGGAGGAGAAGAAAGCUAAGAGAAGAAUAUACAGAUAAAUUAACAAUAUACAGAUAAAUUUAGCAACAGCGUAAGAAAUGAUAGUGCUUAAUAUUUUAUUCAUUUUUAAUAGGUGACAAUGAGAGAAGUCCAUAUAAGGUAAAAUGAAAACAUAUUCACAUAUGACAUUAGCAUUAACAGAGAAUAUACAACUAAUUCAAACUUUCGGGAGAAUAUAGUAGGCGUGUCUUUGACUCCAGACAUGGAAAUGAGAAGUGGAAUAUGGAAAUGGGGCCGUAUAUGAACGUGUGGUGUAAUAACGUCAGUCUGAGCCAUAGCGGGUGUGUGUGUGUGUGUUGGUUUUAGUUAUGUCAUGGUGAGUGAACGUGUCGAGUUGUGAUGUAACAAAUGCUGCUUUAUUUUAUACACGUAAAAAUGAUCUAAUAUUUACAAAGGUGUAUUUUGGUAUGGCACAUCAUUAUUCUGUGUAGAUCUGUUAAUCAUCCUGAAUAAAAAGAAUUAAUAAAUAAAAAUAAUAAAUAAAGUUAUUUCGUCAUGUAUUUG